GGCACCAUGGGAUCGUCGACGCUGGGGAAGGCGGCCUCUCUGGACCAGCUGUUGGACGCCUGUAUACAGGCUUUCGAUGAUAAUGGGGGACUUGGAAACAAUCAGUUGCCACGGACCAUGCUGUUGAUGCACCGCUGGUACGUCACGUCCACCGAGCUGGCCGGGAAGCUCCUCAUGAUGUAUCGAGACUGCGAGGGAGACGACUGCCAAAGGACGAGGCUGAAGAUCUGCUAUUUAAUGAGGUACUGGAUUGUGGAGUUCCCGGCGGAGUUUAACCUGGACCUGGGUUUGAUCCGGCUGACGGAGGAGUUCCGGGAUGUGGCAGCGCAGCUGGGCUGUGAGGAGCACUUCAAGCUCAUCGACAUCUCCACCAUCCCAUCCUAUGACUGGAUGAGAAAGCUGACCCAGAGGAAGAAGAUGCCCAAAAAGGGCAAGGCAUCACUGCUCUUCGACCAUCUGGAGCCCAUGGAGCUGGCAGAGCACCUGACCUUCCUGGAGUACAAGUCCUUCAGGAGGAUAUCGUUCACAGACUACCAGAGCUACGUGAUUCACGGGUGCCUGGUGGACAACCCCACGCUGGAGCGCUCCAUCGCCCUCUUCAACGGCGUCUCGCAGUGGGUCCAGCUGAUGGUCCUGACCAAGCUGACCCCCCAGCACCGUGCUGAGGUCAUCACCAAGUUCAUCAACGUGGCGCAGAAGCUGCUGCACCUCCAGAACUUCAACACGCUGAUGGCGGUGGUGGGAGGGCUGAGUCACAGUUCCAUCUCGCGGCUGAAAGAGACCCACUCCCACCUUUCCCCAGAGGUCACCAGGAUCUGGAACGAGAUGACGGAGCUGGUCUCCUCCAAUGGGAACUACUGCGCCUACCGCAAGGCCUUCACGGACUGCGAGGGCUUCAAGAUCCCCAUACUGGGGGUGCACCUGAAAGACCUGAUCGCCGUGCACGUGGUGUUCCCCGACUGGGUGGACGAGAGCAAGAUCAACAUCGUGAAGAUGCAGCAGCUCUACCUGACCUUCAACGAGCUGGUGUCCCUGCAGAGUGCCACUGCUCAGGUGGAACCCAACAUGGACCUGAUCUACCUGCUCACACUCUCCCUAGAUCUCUACUACACGGAGGAUGAGAUCUACGAGCUGUCACUGCUGAGGGAGCCCCGGAACCCCAAGUCUUUGCCUACCUCUCCCACCACACCCAACAAGCCACUGGCCCCUUUGGACUGGGCGUCGGGGGUGACCACCAAACCAGACCCAUCUGUUGUCAACAAGCACAUCAGGAAGGUGGUGGAUUCUGUAUUCAGGAAUUAUGACCAUGACCAUGAUGGCUACAUCUCUCAGGAGGACUUUGAGAGCAUUGCUGCCAACUUCCCCUUCCUGGACUCUUUCUGUGUGCUGGACAAGGACCAGGAUGGUCUGAUCAGUAAGGACGAGAUGAUGGCCUACUUCCUGAGGGCCAACUCCCUGCUGCAGUGUAAGAUGGGUCCUGGUUUUGUCCACAACUUCCAGGAGAUGACAUACCUCAAGCCCACCUUCUGCGAGCACUGUGCUGGAUUUCUCUGGGGUAUUAUCAAGCAGGGGUAUAAAUGCAAAGACUGUGGUGUGAACUGCCACAGGCAGUGCAGAGAGCUGCUGGUCCUGGCCUGCAGGAAGCUCCCGCGGGCGGCCUCUCUGGGCAGUGUGUCCACCAGCGGCCUCACACACAGCUCCCUCCCCAGCAGCCCCACCCUGCCCACCUGCGCAGAUGAGGAUGAGGUAUUUGAGUUCCCCAGCGUGUCACCGGGGCCGCAGGAGAUGGCGGGCCAGUCCAUCACGCUGGUGACGAGCUCGGCGCAGAAGAUCUCGGUGCGGCUGCAGCGCGCCACCACCAGCCAGGCCACGCAGACGGAGCCGCUGUGGUCCGAGCACGGCUGGGGGGCCGGCGACAGCGGCUCCCACACCUUCCCCAAGAUGAGGUACCGGCUGCACCACCGCAAGAGCUCCAAGAGCAAAGGGCUGGCGCGCUGGGUGAACGAGGCCCAGGGGUCCCCCAGGGACCGGCAGGACUCCCAGGAGCAGACGGAGGGGAUCCAGGAGCCAGUGCAGAACGGAGUGACCCCCCACCGGGACAGGAGGGAGUCCCAAGAGGACAGCUGACUUUGCGCCGCCGCUGAGCCGCCUCGGAGCCUGCGGAGGCCCUCGGAUCCUCGGCACAGGAAGCUUUCCUCCCUGGGGGACAUCCUGGGCUGUCUGAGGCCCCUUUUCAGUGACCUGGAAUAGGAUUGGCCGGGCUGGAUUGUGGGGUUAAGGGGACGAGGGGAAGCAGGGUGUAGCCACCACGUGUAAAUUUGUGGAGCGAAAGCAGCACCUUCACCAGCCUGCCUGCUGCAUAAGAGGGCAGGGCAGGAUCAUCUCGACUGGCCCUGCCGAUCUUCACAUUUAACCCCCAACCCAUCCACCCACGCCCCUCCCCCAC